UAUCCAAUCUCUUUUCAUAUAGCUUCCAUCCUUGUACAAAGUUUCUGCAAUGGAGUUGAGUUGGGUGACAAAAGAUUCAAGCUGGUGGGUGUUCACCCUUCCGGCUUGUUUUGGAUCUCACAACUUACUUGAUGCUUAUUUUUUGCUCUCCUUCUUCACCCUCUCUCUCUCUCUUUAUCUUCUCACCUGGGCUUUUUCUCCUGGUGGUGUUGCCUGGAAAAAUGGCAGAAGCAAACUUGGUUCUGUUCCUAUUUCGGGACCCCGGGGUCUCCCUUUUCUCGGUAGCCUCUUUACACUCUCUCGAGGCUUAGCUCACCGCUCUCUAGCCGCCAUGGCCAGAAGCUCAGCCAACUUACAACUCAUGGCUUUCACCCUUGGCUCUACUCCUCUCGUAGUCUCUUCAGAUCCUUACACUGCCAAAGAAAUCUUGACUUCCCCUCAUUUCGCAGAUCGACCCAUCAAGCAAUCUGCUAAAAGCCUCAUGUUCAGUCGAGCUAUCGGGUUUGCUCCUAAUGGAACUUACUGGCGCCUUCUCAGAAGAAUUGCCGCCUCUCAUCUGUUUUCACCUCGACGCAUCAUGGCCCAUGACGCUGGUCGCCAAAAAGAUUGCGCUGCUAUGCUGCGUGAAAUAGCAAUUGAGCAGAAAAUUAGUGGAUUCGUUGCUCUCAGAAAACACCUUCAGUUAGCUGCCUUGAACAACAUUAUGGGUAGCGUUUUUGGCAAGAGAUAUGAUCCGGGUCGAGAAAGUGAAGAACUUCAGAAACUCAGAGAUAUGGUUAGAGAAGGAUUUGAGCUUUUGGGUUCGUUUAACUGGUCUGAUUACUUGCCGUGGCUCAGUUAUUUCUACGACCCAUUUCGUAUAAACGAGCGUUGUUCUAAACUAGUUCCUCGAGUUACCAAAUUCGUACGAGCCAUCAUUGAGGAGCAUCGAAGAGAACGAUUCAGUGAGUCCAAAAAGUUGGCUGAAACGGGCGAUUUUGUCGACGUUUUGCUUUCUCUGGAUGGUGACGAGAAGCUCCAAGAAGACGACAUGGUCGCUGUCCUCUGGGAAAUGAUAUUUAGAGGAACAGAUACUACAGCUUUGUUAACAGAGUGGGUGAUGGCCGAGUUGGUGCUACAUCCAGAAGUGCAAACAAAGCUGCGAAACGAGAUAAACGAAGCUGUAGGGAACAAGAACGUGACAGAUGCAGACAUGGGAAGAUUAACUUACUUGCAAGCCGUGGUGAAAGAAACACUUCGAGUCCACCCACCUGGACCUCUUCUCUCUUGGGCCAGGCUAGCCACUUCAGACGUUCAGCUAAAAAAUGGCAUGGUGAUUCCGGCGAACACCACGGCGAUGGUGAACAUGUGGGCCAUAACUCAUGACCCGAACGUGUGGGCGGAGCCACUGGAGUUCAGGCCAGAGAGGUUUUUGGAGAGCGACAUGGACGUGAGAGGUGGGGACCUUCGACUUGCACCCUUUGGGGCUGGGCGCAGGGUUUGUCCCGGGAAGAAUCUGGGGCUGGCCACUGUAAAUAUUUGGGUGGCUCAGUUGGUGCACCGGUUCGAGUGGGUUGAAGAGGUGACUAAACCGGUUGAUCUUAGUGAGGUCUUGAAGCUGUCUUGCCAGAUGAAAUAUCCUUUACAUGUUGUGGCUAUGGAAAGGAAUGGGUGUCUCUAGGGUUUACUUCUAUAGAUAUGGAGUAGUUUGUUUUUUCGGAAGUUAGUUUUGAGUGGAUGCAUGGGAAGGGAAGAUAUGUUCGUAGCGAUAGUUAGUGGAAGUGGAUGCAGGCUCCCCAGUUUUGAAAUGGUUUUGGAAGGAGUCUAUUUUGUAAACCAUUGCAAUUUAGUAUUUGAUUUGGUAUGAAUUCCAAUUUUGUUUA